ACGUCACUCGAGUGGGAGUCGAAUCUUCUCCGGAAUCGCUCGAUUUCAUUUCUGCACGAGCUCGUCGCGCGCGCGCGCCGUUUCCUUCGCUUCACUUCGAAUCAAAACAAACGUCGCCCGACGCUCCUCGGACGCUCGCAUCACUGAGGGAUUAUUUCUGUUUUCUGCGAAAAGACAGCCAGUAAAGCUAUAGAAGAGAUGAGUGUGGAGGCGUACGGGCCGAGCUCGCAGACGCUCACCUUCCUGGACACGGAGGAAGCGGAGCUGCUCGGGGCCGACACGCAGGGCUCCGAGUUCGAGUUUACCGACUUUACGCUGCCCAGCCAGACCCAAACUCAAGGCCAGACCCAGAGCCAACUCGACAACCAGGUGAACGGGCCUGAUGGUAUUCUGCCCAACGGAGAGGACGCAGUGGUAAAGACCAGCCAACUUCUGGCCGAGCUGAACUUUGAGGAGGAUGAGGAAGAUACUUACUACACUAAAGACUUGCCGGUGCACGCCUGCAGCUACUGUGGCAUCCAUGAUCCAGCAUGUGUGGUCUAUUGCAACACCAGCAAGAAAUGGUUCUGCAACGGCCGUGGAAACACCUCUGGCAGUCAUAUUGUGAACCACUUGGUGAGGGCCAAAUGUAAGGAGGUGACGCUGCAUAAGGACGGGCCGCUGGGAGAGACGGUUCUGGAGUGCUAUAACUGCGGCUGCCGUAAUGUCUUCCUGCUCGGCUUCAUCCCGGCUAAAGCCGACUCUGUCGUGGUGCUCCUCUGCAGGCAGCCGUGUGCCAGUCAGAGCAGUCUGAAGGACAUUAAUUGGGACAGCUCUCAGUGGCAGCCCCUCAUCCAGGACCGCUGCUUCCUGUCCUGGCUGGUGAAGAUCCCGUCCGAGCAGGAGCAGCUGAGAGCCCGUCAGAUCACGGCACAGCAGAUCAAUAAACUCGAGGAGCUCUGGAAGGAAAACCCAACAGCGACUCUGGAAGAUUUGGAGAAACCUGGAGUGGAUGAGGAACCCCAGCACGUUCUUCUACGCUACGAAGAUGCCUAUCAGUACCAGAACAUCUUUGGGCCACUGGUCAAACUAGAGGCUGACUAUGACAAGAAACUCAAAGAGUCCCAAACUCAAGACAAUAUAACAGUGAGGUGGGAUUUGGGACUGAAUAAAAAGCGGAUAGCUUAUUUCACUCUGCCCAAGACGGAUUCAGGUGACAUGCGACUGAUGCAAGGAGACGAGAUCUGUCUGCGCUAUAAAGGAGACCUGGCUCCGCUGUGGAAAGGGAUCGGACACGUCAUCAAAGUCCCGGACAAUUAUGGAGAUGAAAUCGCCAUCGAGCUGCGCAGCAGUGCUGGUGCUCCUGUGGAGGUGCCACAUAACUUCCAGGUGGACUUUGUCUGGAAGUCAACAUCUUUUGACCGAAUGCAGAGCGCCUUGAAGACGUUUGCGGUGGACGAGACCUCGGUGUCCGGCUACAUCUACCAUAAACUGCUGGGUCACGAGGUGGAGGACGUUAUCAUUAAAUGCCAGCUGCCCAAACGCUUCACUGCGCAGGGCUUGCCAGACCUCAACCACUCGCAGGUUUAUGCUGUGAAGACGGUGCUUCAGCGACCCCUGAGUCUGAUCCAGGGGCCUCCAGGAACCGGAAAGACUGUCACUUCUGCCACCAUCGUCUACCAUCUGGCCAGACAGGGCAACGGUCCGGUUCUGGUUUGUGCUCCGAGUAACAUCGCAGUGGAUCAGCUGACAGAGAAGAUCCAUCAGACGGGGCUGAAGGUGGUUCGUCUGUGCGCUAAGAGUCGUGAGGCCAUCGAUUCCCCGGUGUCUUUCCUGGCUCUGCACAAUCAGAUCCGCAACAUGGACAGCAUGCCAGAGUUGCAGAAACUGCAGCAGCUGAAGGACGAAACUGGCGAGCUGUCGUCUUCUGAUGAGAAACGCUACCGAGCUCUCAAACGAACCGCUGAGAGAGAGCUGCUCAUGAAUGCAGAUGUGAUCUGCUGCACAUGUGUGGGUGCGGGUGACCCUCGCCUGGCUAAGAUGCAGUUUCGCUCCAUCCUCAUCGAUGAGAGCACACAGGCCACGGAGCCCGAGUGCAUGGUGCCAGUGGUGCUCGGGGCCAAACAGCUGAUUCUGGUGGGUGACCACUGUCAGCUGGGUCCUGUGGUCAUGUGUAAGAAGGCAGCUAAAGCAGGUCUGUCUCAGUCUCUGUUUGAGAGGCUGGUGGUCCUGGGCAUCAGACCCAUCCGUCUGCAGGUGCAGUACCGCAUGCACCCGGCCCUCAGCGCCUUCCCUUCAAACAUCUUCUACGAGGGCUCUCUGCAGAACGGAGUCACCGCUGCUGAUCGCAUCAAGAAAGGCUUUGACUUUCAGUGGCCUCAGCCCGAUAAGCCCAUGUUUUUCUACGUGACCCAGGGCCAAGAGGAGAUCGCGAGCUCUGGCACUUCUUAUCUCAACAGGACUGAGGCGUCUAAUGUGGAGAAGAUCACAACCCGUCUGCUGAAGGCCGGAGCCAAACCUGACCAGAUCGGCAUCAUUACACCCUACGAGGGCCAGCGCUCUUACCUGGUGCAGUACAUGCAGUUCAGCGGCUCUCUGCACACCAAACUAUACCAGGAGGUGGAGAUCGCCAGUGUGGAUGCGUUCCAGGGCAGAGAAAAGGACUUCAUCAUCCUGUCUUGUGUCAGAGCUAAUGAGCACCAGGGCAUCGGCUUCCUGAACGACCCACGGCGUCUCAAUGUGGCGCUAACCAGAGCCAGAUAUGGCGUGAUCAUUGUGGGCAACCCUAAGGCUCUGUCCAAGCAGCCUCUGUGGAACCACCUGCUCAACUACUACAAGGAGCAGAAGGUUCUGGUGGAAGGACCGCUCAACAACCUGAGAGAGAGCCUCAUGCAGUUCAGCAAACCACGCAAGCUGGUCAACACCAUCAACCCUGGAGCCCGUUUCAUGAGUACUGCCAUGUAUGACGCGAGAGAGGCCAUGAUUCCUGGAUCUGUGUAUGAUCGCAGCAGCACUGGGCGUCCUUCUAAUAUGUACUUCCAGACUCAUGACCAGGUCGGUAUGAUCGGGACGGGGCCGAACCCCAUGGGCUCCAUGAACAUCCCCAUCCCGUUCAAUCUGAUGAUGCCUCCCAUGCCUCCGCCUGGGUACCUGGGUCAGGUGAACGGACCCGCAGCCGGUCGUGGUGCUCCUAAAGGAAAGACCGGGGGUCGUGGAGGUCGUCAGAGGAACCGUGGCACCGGUAAUCACGGCAGCGGUCAGGCCAACAUGCCGAACAGCCAGGCCAGUCAGGAUCUAGUGUCCCAGCCCUUCUCUCAGGGUCCACUGACCCAGGGCUACAUCACCAUGAGCCAGCCGUCACAGAUGAGCCAGCCUGGAUUGUCCCAGCCCGAGCUCUCACAGGAUAGCUACCUGGGUGAUGAGUUCAAAUCCCAGAUGGACGUGGCGCUUUCCCAGGAUUCCACCUACCAAGGAGAACGGGCAUAUCAACACGGAGGAGUGACUGGACUCUCACAGUACUAGAGUGUUGUUGGAACAGGAGCUAGGCCUGUGCUGUGCUUAGUUCAUCAGCAUUUUAAAUAUGGGUAAAUAUAAAAAAAGAACAAACAUGGAUGCCCGUUUACCACUGUUACAACUGAAGCACCAUGGUGUGAGAGCAACAGGAGAGAAUCAAACCAAUCAC